AUGAUCAACGUGUUGAACAGCUUCCUGACAGAAAGAUCGUUCCAGGUUAAUGUAGAGGGUUACUUAUCGCCAGCGCAUCCGCUGGAAAACGGUGUGCCACAAGGCUCAGUGCUCUCGGUUACGCUGUUUCUCGUGGCCAUUCAACCCAUCUUUCGCGUGGUUCCGAACACUGUGAAGAUCUUGUUGUACGCCGACGAUAUCCUACUCGUAGUUUGGGGGAAGAAAGACCAGCCGCUUUAUCGAAAGCUUCAGUCAGCAGUAAAAGCCGUCCAUGAAUGGGCAGGAAGUGUUGGAUUUACGAUAUCUGCAACAAAAUCCAGCACCUUCUAUUGUAGCCCUAAUGCCCGUCGUGCACCCAGUCAAGCAAUCACGAUAGAUCGAGUGGCUAUACCGACAGAAACACGCCUGAAAAUUCUCGGCGUUACCCUCGAUCGAUCACUCAACUUCGCAGCGCACUGCAAAUUGACGAAGAAGGCAUGCGAAUCUAGGCUGCGCAUCCUGAAGAUGAUCGGUGCCAAACUUCCCCGUGGUCAACGCUCAUCCUUACUGCGAAUUGGAUCCGCAAUUAUUACUUCGCGACUUUUGUACGGUAUAGGAAUCGUUAGUAGGGGUGGAGAUGCUGUCAUCAAAACCCUGGCACCCGCAUACAACAAGAUGAUCAGAUAUACAUCUGGAGCAUACGUCACCAGUCCGAUCAUAGCCAUUAUGGCUGAAGCAGGUACUCUACCGUUAGAUCUUCUCAUUCUCCAAACUGUAGCCCAAUUAGCCAUCAGAAUGUUGGGAAACAGCAGGGAGAAUGCUGACCUUCCCCUGGUUUGCCGAGCUUCCGAACGUUUGACAGAAAUAGUCGGAACUGCUCUCCCAAACAUCUACACCCGAACGCGACUAUCUGAUCGAAAGUGGUACGACCGCACACCCCAGAUCCUUUGGGAAAUCAAGAAGCGCGUAAAAGCUGGAGACCCCUCGGGUAUUGUUCGUCCAGUUGUUCAAGAGCUCCUGACAAAUCAUCUCAGCCGUUCAACAAUCGUCUACACAGAUGGCUCGAAAGACGAUACCGCAGUAGGCGCCGGAGUUUUUGGAGAACACUUCCAACAGUCACUUGGUCUUCCACAGCAAUGCAGUGUCUUCUCGGCAGAGGCAUUCGCAAUAAAAACAGCGCUAACAACAUUCAACACGGUCAGCGACUUAGUAAUAAUGUCCGAUUCGGCCAGCUGUUUAUCGGCAAUCGAAGCCGGCACAUCCCAGCACCCGUGGAUCCAGGAAAUUGAAAACCUGCUACGAAAUCGUUCAAUCAAGCUUUGCUGGAUUCCAGGUCACGCUGGCAUCCGUGGCAACGAGGAGGCAGACAGACUCGCUGGAGAAGCGAGGAACAUUGCUCCGUUAGCUAUAUCUGUUCCGGGGGCAGACGCCGUCAAGCAUAUAAAAACAGCUAUCCGAAACCAAUGGUACCGUCGGUGGUCAGCGUCCACUGAAGUAAAACUUCGUGAAGUUAAAUUCGACACAGUGAAGUGGACUGACCGCGAGAAUUCGGCCGAACAGCGAGUUCUUACCCGGCUUCGAAUAGGGCAUACUCGGCUAACACACGACUUUCUGCUAAAGAAAACUUCACCACCAGUGUGCGACUGCUGUGGGAUCGUUGUAGAUGUCCGCCAUGUGAUCCUCUACUGCAGAAAGUACGACGACGUUAGAAGGAAGCACGACAUCGAGUCGACUAGUCUGCGAGCGGCUCUGCGCAACGACAGGAAAAAUGAGGAGAGUAUGAUAAAAUUCCUCAGGGAAACUAACUUGUUUAAAAUGUUGUAA